GGAAGCCAAGCAAGCUAACGGCCGAUGGAGGAAACCCACUUAGCUCUACUUUGACAACCGUCUUCGAUGAAUGGACACCAUCAAGUAACGAACAUUUAACAGAGAUAUGUCAUUUUAUCAUGUGAAUGUCCGCCCUGUGUGACGACAGCGGACAUAUGUCGGCGUCAUCGCUGCUGUGUUGCGCACCGGCGCUCGGAGUAGAGAAGAAGGGGGACACAGUGUCGACGGACGGUGGCGUUUCGGUGCUCUUCUCCCGGGGAGGCAAAUAAAGUCGCGGCGGAUUUUUUUCUUUUCUUUCUUUUUUGUUGAGCUUUCCCGUGGAAAGACUUAUCUUUUGGCAAACAUGUCCACCAGCAGUCCGGAGGCGGUGAAGAAAUUGCUGGAGAACAUGCAGACGGACCUGCGCUCUCUCUCGAUGGAGUGCAAGAAGAAAUUCCCACCAGUCAAGGAGGCUGCUGAGUCUGGCAUUGUGAAGAUUAAGACCAUUGCGGCCAGGAAUACAGACAUACUGGCAGCUCUGAAGGAGAAUAGCUCCGAAGUGGUGCAGCCUUUCCUGAUGGGCUGCGGCACCAAAGAGCCCAAGAUCACCCAGCUGUGUCUGGCUGCUAUCCAGAGGCUCAUGUCCCACGAGGUGGUGUCAGAGGCGGCAGCAGGCAACAUCAUCAACAUGCUGUGGCAGCUGAUGGAAAACGGUUUGGAAGAGCUGAAGCUUCUCCAGACAGUCCUGGUGCUGCUGACCACCAACACAGUGGUCCAUGAUGAAGUGCUUUCCAAGGCCAUUGUGCUUUGUUUCCGCCUUCACUUCACCAAGGACAACAUCACCAACAACACGGCGGCCGCCACUGUCAGACAGGUCGUCACCGUGGUCUUUGAGAGGAUGGUGGCUGAGGAUGAGCGUUUCAAAGGCAUCGUGGAGCAGCCUCCCCCUGUGCAGGGCAACACCAACAGGCGGUCUGUCACCACCUUGAGGCCCAGUGCAAAAGAUGCAUACAUGCUUUUUCAGGAUUUGUGCCAGCUAGUGAAUGCUGAUGCCCCCUACUGGCUGGUGGGGAUGACGGAGAUGACCAGGACAUUUGGCCUGGAGCUGCUGGAGUCUGUGCUGAAUGAUUUUCCGGGCGUGUUCCUUCAGCACCAGGAAUUCAGUUUCCUCUUGAAGGAACGAGUAUGUCCGCUUGUAAUCAAGCUCUUCUCCCCCAACAUCAAAUUCCGCCAGGGGAGCAGCAGCGCCGCCUCGCCGGCCCCGGUGGAGAAGCCUUACUUCCCCAUCUGUAUGCGGUUGCUGCGCGUGGUCUCUGUGCUCAUCAAGCACUUCUACACUCUGCUGGUAACCGAGUGUGAGAUCUUCUUGUCUCUGCUGGUGAAGUUUCUGGAUGGAGAAAAGCCUCAGUGGCUGAGAGCCGUGGCUGUGGAGUCGGUCCACAGGCUGUGUGUGCAGCCACAUUUAUUACGUUCAUUCUGCCAGUCGUAUGACAUGAAGCAGCACUCCACCAAGGUGUUCCGAGACAUCGUCAAUGCCCUGGGCUCCUUCAUCCAGUCCCUUUUCAUCGUUCCCAACAUGGGCAAUGUGUCAGCCGUCAGUGCGCCAGCCAGUGGCUCAGGUUCGGGGCCCCAGGGCACAGCUCAGGGAGGGCCAGGACCAGGAGGGGUCAGCGGAACCUUAACGACACAGGCUGCGUUUGAAUACCGAGGCACGUGGAUCCCCCUGAUGACUGUCAGCGUCCAAGGCAGCGCAAAAGCCACCUACCUGGAAAUGCUGGACAAAGUGGAGCCCCCGUCCAUCCCUGAGGGCUACGCCAUGUCGGUGGCCUUCAGUGCCCUGCUGGACCUGGUCCGAGGCAUCACCUCCAUGAUUGAAAGGGAACUGGCCAUAGAGGAGGAGGCGGUUGCUGAGUCCAGGGAGGCACAGCCUGACAAAGAGUGGCAGCCAUCACCUGGAGCUCAUCUAGUGUGGGAGGAGAUGGUCAGUGCCUGCUGGUGUGGUCUGCUCGCCGCCUUGUCCCUGCUGCUUGAUGCCAGCACUGAUGAGACGGCCACGGAGAACAUCCUGAAGGCCGAGCUGACCAUGGCCUCGCUGUGCGGCCGACUGGGCCUGGUGACGCCACGUGACGCCUUCAUCACGGCCAUCUGCAAGGCCUCCCUGCCGCCGCACUAUGCACUGACCGUCCUCAGCAGCAACACCACCAACCUGCCCAGCAAAGCGUACUCGAUCCAGGGCCAGAGUGUGCAGAUCAUCAGCCCCUCCAGCGAGUCUCAUCAGCAGGUGGUGGCUGUCGGGCAGCCACUCAGUGCCCAACCACAAGGAACAGUUGUGCUGACAGCCAAGAACAUUCAGUGCAUGCGAACCCUGUUGAACCUGGCCCACUGCCACGGUGCCGUGCUGGGCACCUCCUGGCAGUUGGUACUGGCCACACUGCAGCACUUAGUGUGGAUCUUGGGACUCAAGCCAGGAGUGGGUGGUGCCCUCAAACCCGGUAGAGCUGUGGAGGGACCCAGUACGGUACUGACCACAGCCGUGAUGACUGACUUGCCUGUCAUCUCCAACAUUCUCUCCAGGCUAUUUGAGAGUUCCCAGUACCUGGAUGAUGUUUCUCUUCAUCAUUUGAUCAACGCCCUGUGUUCUCUCUCCUUGGAGGCAAUGGAAAUGGCCUAUGGGAACAACAAGGAGCCAUCCCUGUUUGCUGUGGCCAAGCUGCUCGAGACGGGCCUGGUCAACAUGGACCGUAUAGAGAUCCUGUGGAGACCUCUGACUGGACACUUACUGGAGGUCUGCCAGCAUCCCAACUCCAGGAUGAGGGAGUGGGGGGCUGAGGCGCUAACGGCCCUCAUCAAAGCCGGCCUGGACUACAAGCAUGAGCCGCCGCUUAGCCAAAAUCAGCGGCUGCAGCUUCUGCUGCUAAACCCCCUGAAGGAGUUGUCCAACGUGCUGCACGCAGACAUCCGGCAGAAGCAGCUGGAGAGCGUCCUGCAGAUCCUCCAGAGCCAGGGGGACAGCCUGGGCCCCGGCUGGCCCCUCGUCUUGGGCGUCAUAGGAGCCAUCCGCAAUGAUCAAGGUGAGUCUUUGAUCCGAACAGCCUUCCAGUGCCUGCAGUUGGUGGUGACCGACUUCCUCCCCACCAUGCCUUGCACGUGCCUCCAGAUUGUAGUGGAUGUAGCUGGAAGUUUCGGGCUACAGAACCAGGAGCUCAAUAUCAGCCUCACCUCUAUCGGCCUUCUGUGGAACAUCUCAGACUACUUCUUCCAAAGGGGUGAUGCCAUCACAAACGAGUUGGAGAGGGAGGAGGAGGCCCAGCAGAAGCAGGCCCGGGAGAGAGGAGAGACCCUGAACAGGCCCUUCCACCCGGCCCCUCCCUUCGACUGCCUGUGGUUGUGCCUGUACGCCAAGCUAGGCGAGCUGUGUGUGGAUCCAAGGCCCGCUGUGCGUAAAAGUGCCGGACAGACGUUGUUUUCCACCAUCGCCGCGCAUGGGACUUUGCUGCAGCAGCCAACGUGGCAUAUUGUGGUCUGGAAGGUGUUGUUCCACUUGCUGGACUGUGUGAGGAAGUCGUCCACCACGGCGGACAAAGAGAAGAUCGAGUCUGGCGGAGGCAACAUCCUCAUCCACCACUCUCGUGACACAGCGGAGAAACAGUGGGCGGAGACCUGGGUGCUGACUCUCGCUGGGGUGGCGCGCAUUUUCAACACAAGGCGCUACUUCCUCCAACAAUUAGGUGAUUUCUUUGAGGCCUGGGAGGUUCUCCUCAACCACAUCCAGUCGGCGGCGCUCAGCAAGAAUAACGAAGUCUCCCUGGCCGCGCUCAAGAGCUUUCAAGAGAUCCUCCAGAUUGUGACACCCGUGAAAGACUCAGACAAAGCAGGAGACGCCCUCGCCGCUAUGGGCGUCCCCCCGGUCCUCAUCGAUCCACUGUCAGCGUCAGGUCCCGGCAGACCUCUUGUGCGCUCGGAUUCGCUGGUGGAACGUCUGACGCGAUACAACGGCGCCGAGCUGCAGGCCCCUCCGCCAGGGGAGGAGUCGGCCUUGGAGGACCUGGGCUUGUGGUGGUCCGCGUGGAACACUUGGUACCGGACGGGAACGGACAGCACAAGGCCACCCAGCGGCCAAUCGGAGAAGCUCUCCUUCAUCCCCAGCCAGCCGUUCCUCACGGCGCUGAUUCAGAUUUUCCCGGCGCUGUACCAGCACAUCAAGGGCAACUUCAGCAUGGAGGACCUGAAGAAGCUGGGAGUCAUCCUCCACGGUGCCGUGUCGGUGCCUAUCAGCAGCGACGCUUCCCCCUUCAUACUGCCCUCCUACACUGAGGCCGUGCUCACCAGCCUGCAAGAAUCUGUGCUCACUGCUCUGGAUGUUCUGCAAAAGGCCAUCUGUGUGGGCCCGGAGAACCUGCAGGUCAUGUACCCGGCCAUCUUUGAGCAGCUGCUGCUCUUCGUGGAGUUCUCUUGCAAGCCUCCGCAGUACGGCAGGAUGGAAACCAAACACGUGGCCAAUGCCAAAUACAACCAGAUCCAGCUGUUUGCCCCGGCGGAGUGGGUUGCCUUAAACUACGUGCCCUUUGCUGAGCGCUCCUUGGAGGUGGUGGUUGACCUCUACCAUAAAACGGCGUGCCACAAGGCUGUCAUCAAUGAGAAGGUCCUGCAGGGCAUCAUCAAGACACUGAGAAUGCCGCUGGGUCUGAAGUAUGCGUGUCCAUCGGAGAGCACGUGGAAGCUCGCUGUCUCGUCCCUGCUGAAGGUUCUGUCCAUUGGACUUCCAGUGGCCCGGCAGCACUCCUCCUCUGGGAAGUUUGACACCAUGUGGCCCGAGUUGGCCAACGCCUUUGAAGACUAUCUUUUUACCAAAAGUUCGCCUCCAGAUAACUUGUCCAUUCAGGAAUUUCAGAAAAAUGAAGCCAUUGACGUUGAGGUGGUCCAGCUGAUCAGCACUGAGAUUUUACCAUUUGCCAAUUUCAUCCCCAAAGACUUUGUUGGCCAGAUCAUGGCCAUGCUCAACAAAGGCUCCAUCCACUCACAGUCACCUUCUUUCACAGAAGCCGAGAUCGACGUACGGAUGCGGGAGGGCUUCUCCAAGGUGUGCUUUGAGACGCUGCUGCAGUUCUCUUUCAGCAACAAGGCGUCCACGCCUCAGGAGGGCUACAUCUCGCGCAUGGCGCUCUCUGUGCUACUCAAGAGGUCGCAGGACGUCCUCCAGCGCUAUGUGGAGGACGAGCGGCUGAGCGGACGUUGCCCCCUGCCCAGGCAACAAGUGACAGAGAUCAUCUUUGUCCUGAAAGCUAUCAGUACGUUGAUGGACUCGCUAAAAAAGACCCAGCCAGAAAACGUGGACGACAACACGUGGGCUCAGGUGAUCGCCUUGUACCCCACGCUGGUGGAGUGCAUUACCUGCUCCUCAUCGGAGGUCAGCUCGGCCCUGAAGGAGGCCCUGGGGCCCUUUAAAGACUUCAUGCAGCCCCCCAUCACCAGGGUGGUCCAAAAUGGAGACUCCUGACUUUUUUUUUUUUUUAAAUGAUGAAAAAAUCUUGAAUGUGUCUUUUUGAUCCAUGUGCUUUAAAAGUGCACACACAUGAACUCCAUGAGAGCGCCAUCCAUGAGGACACCCAAAGUGACCUGAGACUCAAGAGCACCUCCUCAGGCCAAAGCAAAUGAUUUCUCAUUUUUACAUGCAUCAUUGGCUGCAUCCCGCCUUCGCCCCUCUUUCCUCCAUUCUCAUGUACUGACUGACCGCAAUGUUUUAAAAAGUCAAUGUACAGUGUGAGUUGAUGUAAUGAAGAGGGACAAGAAGAAAAAAAAUGAGGCCUUAUGGGUCUGAAUAUGAACACUUCUGUUUUUUGCAACAUUUUCAACAGUUACAAUUUUAUGCAAGGAAACAGAUCUGAGCUGCAACAUUCCAUGACAUCACUAGCCGGCCAUCUUGUGAUGGAUGUAGUCAAUAAAUGGGACGGUUCUACAAUCAGUGGGCCUCUCUCUCUCUCUCUCUCUGCGUGUGCGUGACAGUUUUCUUAUGUAUUAAUUUGCUUUUUAUGAGUUGUUUUUCUAAUUACUUUUAAUUUGAGGGAAGGAGCUUUUAUAACUAGCCUCCUAAAACGCAGUUUAAUUAAUCAUUCACAAUACAUGUAUUAUGAUUGCUAAAAAUGUGUGCAAAGUGAUGGACAAUGUAAAAUAACUGGUGAAAUGAUGAAAUUAACCUUCAGUGCACCUUGGGGGGGACCAAAUGUGUACAUUCUUUUUGAAAAACGUAUUCGCUAUUCCUUAUUCUCAAUAUAUUGGUCAGUUUUUGCCGUUCAAACAGAAAGAGUACAGUAGUGUACUUGAACACCCCCCAGUGUGGGUUAUGUGAGGUGGACACAGGGGGGCGGGGUGGAGCAACUCUAAGUAGGCGGGGUUUCGCUCUUUAUUUCAAGUCGGCGCACGAGCGCCAAGCCACACUACCACGCCAACGGAAGACCUAUAGACUGGCGGAAGGCUACGCCAAGAAACGGGAAAAAAAUAAACGUCGCUCCUUUUUCUUUUCGGUCGACUUUGAAGACAUUUUCUUUAUUUUUUGUUGUUGUCGGCCGCGUACUGGCUGAGGUAGUAGUUUGUGCUGUUGUUUGGGUUGUGACUGUGCCCGCAAUGGAGAUGACUGCGCAAGCUACUGCCUUGCUAGUGCUAGUGCCUCUCGCUGCUGCUAGCCAUCCCCGGGAACAAGCCAAUGUGUUCUUCCGCCUUUUGACGCUAUCUUCAGGUAUAGUGUAAUUAUAAAACACAGUAUUCUCUUUUUAAGAUGGCGCUCGACCAUGUUUGUAGACUGUAAAUUCGUGUAAUUGUAAUGGAAAAUGACUUGUUGCCCCUUUUGGAGUACUAUUUCGUCAAAUAAAGUAGUUCAGGGACCGUUGGGGAAACUACUUACUUGUUCGUUCAUUUUUUUAUGGUUAAAAUGUGCCUCCAAAAUGGUGGAGUGAUUCAUGACCUGAGUGUGUAAUUUAUGCAGCACGCCUGACUGUGUGUAUGUGUGUGUGUGUGUGUAGCAGCAUGGCAGCAUGUAGGUCAACGGUGCUGUUGCUAUGUGGAGACGAGUGACGUGGCUUGUGCUGCCCACAAAGGUAUCCCACAAUGCUGCCUUCACGGCCCUCCUCCGUGUCCUUUCAUCCAGAUUGUGCUGCAUCAGCCACAGUGUGCUGCAGCUAGAUGCAAUCCAGCAAAUGUGUACAGCUGUUGCCGUAAUAAUCGGAUUAUUAUGCUAAAUCUGGAUGGCAUUUGCCUCGCUUGAGUUGCAGACCACAUGAUCCGCUCCUCUCUCCCGCAGGCGUCUGCGGUGUCCUCACAGAGGUCAAGCCAGUGGGCUGCUGAUGGAGGGCAUGUGUUUGAAAUGCUCUCCUCUGCCGCCCGACAGCAUCUGGCGCCUCCACGGCACAUUAGUAUGGCCGGCCAGCCAGGCUAGGCAAUGGGGGGAUUCUUGGGGGGUCUAGAUAGAUAGAUAGAUAGAUAAUGAAAUGAGACGGGCCGCUGUCUUAACUCUUGAUGCACCUCAGGGGGACACCGAAAGUGUACAUUCUUAUUUGAUUUGUUUUAUAGUUUGGUAGCAUAAGCAUAUAAGCUUACCCUAUUUACCCUCAGGGCUGAUUUGGUCCGGUUGACCGUGACAAAUCAUUUUUUCAAUUUGAAAGUGGGCGUUGAUUUGUUAUUUUUAAUAUGCCAUGAUUCUGUUGCAAAGUGCGUGGAAUAGGAGAUUUGCAUAUAUGUGUACACUCCUUACACUCGGGACCAAUAAACUCUUAUUUUUGAUGUAUUGUAAUGCUUUUCCCAGGACUGCCUUUCAAAAUAAACAGCACAUUUUUGGAGAAGGCCCGUUUCGGGAACCAAAGGUAAAAAGUGGAACUUUAUUUUGGAUGGCGCGUUUGACCUUCACGAGAUGAUAUGAAAUAUGUAUGAGAUGACACUCACUAGUGUUCUGUGACAGUGUUGGGCUGCACUUUCUGCCCACUAGCAUCUGUGCUGAUAGCGCUCUGCACAUUCCACUCAUCAUGCACAUGACGGGAGUUCUUACAUUCAUGUCUGUGAAUGCCGGGCUGGCCUUUUACAUACCCUGUUCUGCGUACACUCCACCGAUGUGGAAUGGGAACGUUUUUCUGUCUGUGUCAGGGUGUUCUGCAGUGCCACAGUCACAAUUGAUUUUUGUAUUUGACAGCUAUGAACAGUAUUUAUGUAAUUCCAGAAUAUAAUGUGUCAUGACACCCAUUGAAAGUAUUCACUAGUCACUCUGUUCUGUCAUUAAACUCAAUUCUCCUCACAGCCACUAGGGGGAGGAGUUACACGGUAUCUAAUAAUUGCUAUGAUGUGUUAACCAAAUACGGUUGAUACAGUACGUCCUUUACUUUUUUGGCGUGAGAGGCAAAAAGAGGUGAUGAUGCAGUGGCACAAUAAAACAUGUCAAUCUUUGAGCAGUUUUAAGCCUUAAACACGGCCACAAGAUGGUUGAAGUGCAUUUGAUAAGAGCUCGGCGUGGAUCGUUUGCAUGUAAAAACACACUCGACAGCAAGGAGGAGGAGCAUGGAGGAGUGUAGCAUGCAGAAGGUUACGCUUUGUAGGGAAAUUUUAACACAUGCACACACAGUUUAGUUCCCAAUGUGAAAUUUGUAUAUAGUUCAUGGUGUUCCUAUUUGCAAAUACAGUCAAACCUGUCUUAGCGGCCACCUUUAUAGAACGGCCACCUGCCUAUAGCAGCCACUGAAAAAUUCCCCCCCGGCAAAUUUACAUGUUAUAGACCCUGUGUAUAGCAGUCCCCUGUCCAACGCGGCUAGCGGCCACCCAUUUUGUCUUCCUUGGUCAAUAUCUGACUGCACAUAGCGGCCAAAUUACCAACUCAAGUAGAAGCUUCAUGCACGAAAAAGUUUUGUUUUUCAAUCAAUGAAGGCGUCGUGUGUAGACUUUAAUUACUGAGUCCUAGCUCAGUCACAAUCAUUCACAAGAUCCACACAAACUGUCAGUUGUUCCACAUAAAAAAGCCAUCUUCUUUUGAGCUUGCUAUUUCCUGGUCAAACAUGUAACUUUAAGAGCAUUUGCACCAAAACAUUACCGCAAAUUAGGCUGGGAACAGGACGUGCUCCCAGCGACGCUACAAUAAAAAAAAAAACAUACGCUAGCAUGCAUGCGGCAGCGGGAGCAAAACUGAGUUCGGUUGUACUUAACUGAAGUAUUUUAGAAUGUACUCAUGUUAUUUUUCAUCAAUCCUCAUCCACAAAUCCAUCAAAGUCCUCAUCUUCUGUAUUCGACACAAAAAAAGUCUUCUUUUCCGUUCGCUACUAGUCUGUUAACUUGUCAGUGUUAUUCAGCUCCGAAGCAAAGAAGGAAACUUCUCCUGUUGCUUCUGCCAACUUUAUUUAUUGAACGCGGCCACCAGACAGCAGCUCAGAACACACACACAUCUCUCAGCAUCGUCUCUCCUUCCUGCUUGCCCACAAGGCAAAGGUUAAACAAGCCCCACUACAUAGCUGUCCAGCCAAUGCCUGUAAGAAUUGACACCGUUUAUUUCCUGGUGUGCACUGGUCAAUACUGUAAUGCCGCUUGUUGUGGGGAAGGAGAGACUCACGUCGCAGAUGCACUUUAAUGGCUUUAUUAACAGCGGAGAACACUGCAGGACUUUACAUCCACGCCAACAUAAACACACUUCCCAACUCUCUCCAAACUCACAGCUAGCACUGAGCCUAGCUCUCCUGCUCGGGACGCCCACCGUCACUUCCCGUCACUUCCUGAUGAACUAAAGCUGUAAUGACACUCUGCCGUAUAAAAAGUAAAAUAUUAAAAACAAGCGUAAGACAUUACUAGCACAGCUUUUUUCUGUGGGUCGUGGAUAUAUUCUAUCAGUUAUUAUUAAGCCUCUAGCUUCCUUUUAGUAAGUAAAAACCUUGGCUAUGAUUGCACUACAUUGUCAUGUAGACCUACAAAGUACACUUGGAAGAAUAAGAGGUGAAUAAAUGUAUUGCAACUGAUGUGAAACUGAUGAGGGGUAGGAUUAAAUAAGCUUUGCUUCUUCCUACUCCUUUUUGAACAUGCAAAAUUGUGAAUUGUACUAUGUGAUGUACUACUGUUUGACUCAUGCAUGUUCAGGAUUAAAACCAUGAACCAUGAUAAUAACAAGCCUAGUAGUGCUGUACAACUUUUAUCCGCAGUGCCCUCUACUGGUAAACAUUAUUAUUAUUUUUUCCCUUUUUUUUCUUCUUUUCCUCUACUGGUCAACAUUCAAACUGGACGCCAACCUGUCUAUAGAGGCCACCUGUCUAUAGCGGCCACUUUUGCAGACUCUCUCUAGUGGCCGCUAUCGACAAGUUUGACUAGUUAUUUUGAUGUGUUUAUGUUGUGGUAUAGUUUAGAUAUUUGAGCUGCCACAAAAGCAAAACAUUUGUGUCAAAGUGAAAGUUAUGCUUGAAAUGUAUUUCUUCACAAAAAGCUGGUUUUCUCCCUUUUCUUAUUGGGAACUGAUAUUUUCCUGAAACUUACCUCUGCUCUACUGCUGAUUAUGAAAGAAUGGAAAAAGGUAGAAACAAACUUUUUUUUCUGAUGAAAGAAGUCUAAUCUUAAUUUUGGUAGGUGUCAUGUUUCUAUAGUGAUUGUUAUAUUCUGUGUAUAAUAUUCUGUGUGCCUUGAAAUCAGUCAAAACUGAAGGGGUUUGAAAAAUGGCUGGGAUUGAAGGAGUUAAUGAUCCAACCUUAAACAGACGUUCUUUGGUAUCAGCAUUCACACAAUUCUGAUUUUUUUUUUUUUUUUUUGUCACUGCUGGGUAACACGGUAUCAAAUAAAUUCAAUAUUUAAAAUGAUGUCAUGGUCGUGGAGUGUUGUGACAGUGAUCCAGCGCUACUUUUGAAUGAUCCAACCUUGAAAACAACAGGCCACCCACGGGAAUGAGUGUGUCAUCAUAGCCGUCAUCCAAUCUGCAGCAUAUAGUCUUGAAAGGGUGAAAGUGAGCUCAUCCUGGCAUUUUUUUUGCCAAAGUUGGGAUCAAGAGCGAUGACAUAGAAAGACGAGUGUCGUGCCAGCACAGCACUGCAGUGACCGGAGGCGGGUGCUGCGGCGGCGUGCGGGGAACCAGAUGGCCUUCAAGCUCCUGCAGCGGACCGGAGAGCGAAGGACUGAUCACGAUGACCACCUCGCUCAGUGGGAGCAUGACCGCUUUAUUAGGUACAUACAAACUACUCAGUAAUUCUGUGUAGUAAUGUUUACUGCUGUCGUGUUACCUUAUUUGGCCACAUAAGCGGGUCAAAAUAUUAGAAACAGCUCUUUGUAUGAUGUGACUGAGCAGUUUUAAUUAAAAAAAAAAAAAAGUUUAAUUCUGGUAGGAAACCCUUCCACCACACAACAGACAUCUAAAGAUGUACAAAAUGUACAUGUACAGAAAGACACCAUUAUUUACAUGAGAUGAAACUACAGAAGGAAAAAGGAACAGGAAUAUGGGGUGGCUGGCCCUUUUUCAUUCUUAAAUAAUUUAAAAAAAAGUAAACAUGAGAUACAAAGGUAGAUUUUACAACUGCCACUUAGCCAGAGUGGCCAAACUUUGUCAUUACAGCAUGACCUGAUGAGAAAUGAGACGUUUCUCAUCACUAAGUGUCAUUCAUGUUGGUUUGUCUGCACUGUAAAAGUUUCAGCUCGUUUUUUUUAAAACGUACAAAUAUGAAAACCAUGUAUUUACAAGUUCACAUUUUGAAAUAUUGUGCAUUACUACGAGUAGUAGAAAUCAGAAUCCAAUCGAGUACAAUAUGGCUUCAUACAACACGGCGUGGGAGAAAUGUCAGAAGGAGCCACAUGGGACGAGAAAGUUUGUGAUUUAGUCUUGCACGUUUCCGUGCACGAGCGGGAUGACGUAGACCGAGAUGUCGUCUCCGGACCCCAAUCUGUCGUUGGAGAUUCUCCAGCCUCGAUCCCUGAGCACGCCGCGAGCUCUCAUGACCAGCUCCUGGGCGGCCAUGGUGUACCUGAUGUGGCAGAAAGGACUAUUUCAAAAACAGUACCAUUAAUUACAACGUAGAUGUCUAAACUCGCCUGUGUGGGUCGUCGGGGUCGCAGUUGGCCAGGAAACAGGUGACGGCCUCGGCCACUUCCUGGUUGGAGAGGACGUCCCACAGCCCGUCGGUCCCUAGAACCAGGACGUCGUCUGCACCGUGUUGGUGCUGUGCCAGCGGGUACACUUGGACCUGAAGGGAAAUGCAUGUGAUGAGAAGAAGCAAGGACUGAUGUGCUUGGGAAUGCUAACCUCUGGACAACAGGAGAGGAAAGGCUUGAUGGAGAUGUUGGAGUCGUGGACUUUGAGGCUGUGGUCGCCAAAGCCUCUUGUGACCCCGAUGGUCGCCAGCACGCGAGCCUAAAAUAAGAAUAAAUGCAUCAGUGACGGGAUCAUCAUCUAAUUAAUUAGCAGGAUGUUAUUUCCUCAAAUGCAGCUACUGAUCUUGUGGAGUUUAUAAAAAAAAAAAAACAUUAGCGGUUGCCUACAGCCACAGCUAUAACUAGAGAAGCAAUCAAGAGUGUAGACCACGGGGAGAACAUGCAAACUCCACACAGAAAUGCCCAAGGGAGAAUCUUCCCGAUCUCCAGACUGUGACUGUGUGGCCGACAGGCUAACCACUUGACCACCGUGCGGCCCACCAAAAUAAUAAUCCUCCAUUUUCUUGGAUCAGUCUUUUGAUAUUUUGUAGAACCUGUUGGAAACUUGUCCUGUAUUUUUUUCCCCAAGUGAUCUGACCGUUUUUUGUGGAGUUAUUUGCACAAAUGUUGAAAAUGGUCCAAGCUCGCAAUGUUAAAGAGUCCUUUAAAAAAAACUGGCACCUCCAAAAUAUAAUAAUUUCUUGCAUAUCCCAUUUGUGACAGUUCCUGAAAAUUUAAUCCAAAUCCAUUCAGAACUUUUCACGUUAUUUUGAACACAAUCAGAAACGCCGGCAAAAACAACCACUGCGCUUGGCAGAGGUAAUGACAAUUUUGUAUGACCUGGCGCUUUUUGAAACAUUUAAACCCACUAGGGAGCAGUAUCACUCGGCAAACACCUUCCUUCUAUCUCUCCUUGACUUGGCAUCUCCCUCGGGUGAAUGUAGUAAUCUAACUGUACUGCGAUGAAAGUACCCACAACAACUGAGAACGUAAAAUUACUUACUUUCUUGCCUUCGCCGUAAAUGAGGGGAAACUUCAGGUCCUCAUCUUGGAUGGUUUUGUACGCCCUGUAAACGCCACACAGCACUUUAUUAUUUUUUUUACAAAAGGAAUUUGUUUCCCAGCAGGCAAUGCAGAAAAGUACACUGGUACUGCACAACGUAGACUACUGGAAGAAAAUGAAGAGUUGCUGCAGUGCUACUGUACACAUGUAACAGUGUGAAUGAUGCACCAUGCUCACACUACUCAUCCAUCAUUUGGUGCAGGGGUGUCCAAAGUGCAGCUCAUGGCACAUUCUAAAAACAUAAUUUAAGAACAGCAGUAGUCAUUUUACCACAAUAAAGGCAAAAUAUUCAAAUAAAGUUGUAAUCUUACAUAAAAAGGUGGUAAUUUUACGAGACUACGGUAAUAUUAUUGGGCAAAAUAAUAUUAAAAUAUUAAAUAUUGAAGAUUUUUUUUUCCAAAGUCGUAAUAUUAUGAGAUAAAAAAAAAACCCCAACAAAUUCUUUGGAAAAUUAGGUUGUGGAAAAAGUGCUAUGAGAAUAAAGUCAUAAUUAUGAGAAGAAAAUUCACAAUAAGAU